AUGGCAGGAGCACUACUCGCCUCCAGGAUGGAACAAAAGAUAAAGCAAGAGUUGUUCAACGUCUUCCUCUCCCCUCCUACGUUCAUUGGAGACUCAGAGAUCGUUUUAAAGAUGAUCGCUAAAAAUGAUCCAGCUGGAAAUCCUGUAUUUUAUGGAGUCAGGUUGAUGGAAAUCCUAGCAACGUCAUCACCCGACAACUGGUUCUGGUGUCCCGGAAACCUCAACCCAGCUGACCUGCUCACCAGAUCUGGAACCAGCUGCGCGCAGGUCAACUCACAAUUCUGGUUGAACGGUAGUUUCUUACCUCAGAAUAAAUCCUCAUGGCCCAUCACAAUCUGUUCUUCCAUCACCUCAGGCGAAAUUCCCACCAGGUCGGUCAACCUUGCGAGAUUAGCCCCAAACCACCCUUCCCGGGAAUAUAUUUUGAGCCUUUUACAUCACGAACAGAGCCUUGUCACUGUUAUCCGUGCUCUAAACCUCCUCCACAAAGUUUGCAGAUCCUGGAGAAAUGACCUCAAUCCUAUUGCUACCUGGAGUUCCAUCAAAUCGUCCAUCAAGUCCUCUGUCCUCAAGUGUUUUACCACGGAGUCAGAGCUCAUUAUUGCCAACAACAAGAUGAAACACCUCGUUAUCCAACUAGUGGACGGAGUAUAUUAUGUGUCGGACCGCAGCUUCCAUUCCAGAAUCAGGGUUCCCCUCAUCAGCAAGAAGACCAUCCUAGCCAAAUGCAUCCUGAACGAUGCUCAUGCUGAUCUGGGCCACAGUAGAGAUGUUCUCCAUGUGCUUACUCACAUUCAAGCCAACUUCUUCAUUCCUGGUAUUCAAAAGAUGAUCACAGCUCUGAAGAAAUCUUGCCCUGGAUGCAUCAAACUGAACCAGGUUCCAUUCGCUGCAUUUGAGGCUGACGUCCCUGACGUCCUCAAAUCCAUUCAGCCUCCUUUCUCCUACUGUCAGGCUGACAUUUUCGGACCCGUCUUUGCUCACAAAGACGGUACCAAGACCAAGAGGUGGAUAUUGGUCAUUCUCUGUCUUUCCAGUCGCGGGGUGCAUCUAGAGAUCCUACAUAACUACAGCUCCCAGUGCAUCACCAGAGGAUUUAACAGAACCUUAGCCCUGCGAGGCACACCUCGCAUCAUUUGCAUUGAUGCCAGUCUCAACAUCGUUAAGGCUGGCAAAGACCUAGUUAACACAGAGAUGAAGGUCAUCUCCAACCUCAAUCUGAAGUUCACCUCCAUUGAAUUUAGAGUUACUCUUCCCAAACACCAUGCCGGUAUCGGAGCAGUUGAAAGAAUAAUCGGCUCUNUAAAUGCUCCUCUCGGAGACAAGAAUCCAAACCAAACAAUUUCAGCCCGCCUUUCUUCCUUGUUCUCCGAUGACGGAGUUAAAACGUUUAUCAAUUGUGAACCAUUUCAAAGUUAA